AUGGCCUUCUGGGUGGGCUGGGAACUAUGGGAAAAGCUAAGCGUGGUGCUGGCCUUAUUGAUUGCUUUAGUGCUCAUUUAUGCCUUAUGCGUCCUUGGCUUGAAUCGCUGGAGGAUGAGCAAAUAUGCUGCAACAGAGGCAAAGGAACGAGAGGAGGAGGCUGAGCUGUAUCCGAUGCUGCAUAAAGACGAUGUCCCUUUCGGCGCCAGGGCUUUGGAAAGAGGAAUUGAAGUUGAAGGAAUUUGGGUAUCAAAUCCAAACACACCCAUGCAAAGUCCACACCAGCCUGCAACUCCGGUUGGAAGCCGACCGGCUAGUCCUGGCUCGAGGUCAUUGGCCAGAACACUUGAGAACUCCACAUCCUCCGUGGGAUCCCAGAGCUCUACGAUCAGCCCGAAGCCGAUGCCAGCGGUCGCUCGACGUGGGGUCAUGUCCGAGCUAGACCUAGCCUCUGCAGGCUUCGUUUAUGAGACUCACAGACCUGGCGGACUAUAUAGUCGAGCCAGUCUGCCCGUUAAUACAAACGCCCUCCGCAUGUCACCUGCACGGGAGGAAUCAAUGGUAGGCAUGAAGACAACAGCAGUCAGGCAAAAACGAGCUAGUUUCCACUCGCGAGUAUUCGGCACAAGCCUUCACCCGGACCCAAAAGUCUACCAAGCAGGUUUAGAUGGCGCCAAUGAUGAUAUGGACUACAUCCCGGCCAUGAAUGGAUCUUCUGCUCAUGUUUCAGCAGAGCACAAGCGGGCCUCACGGUUCACAAGGAAUCUUCGUCGACGAUCAUCCGAGGAAUUCCGGCGGAGGAUGAGCCAGAUUUUCAACGACAAUGUCCAGGGCUUGUCAGCCGAAGAGCUGGAAUUCAAUCCAGCUCUGCGAGAGUACCAAAGACGGAAUUUCCGCGAGUCGCUGCUUCGUCCUUUCAGGCCGUGGCUCCACGCUUCUGGAGGUGGAUAA